AUGCCUGAAGUCCCGGAGACGAUGCAGGACAAUAUUGCCCACCUCGAGCAUGAGGCCCGAAACCCUCACCGCAGUCAACACGCUCCUUCCCCCGCUCAAUAUGAUCGAUCGCGUUUCCCCGAGCGAACUUCCUCUGCUGCCGUAGUCCAAGGUCAGCCUGUUCCUUCCGGCUACGAAGCCGCCCACUACGAGCAGUCCGCCGUCUACGACAACAUGGAAUCCCCCAACUUCUCCCCGUUCCCCGUCCUUCGCAACCCCCCGCCAAAUGUGCCCCCUACCGACGAGCAGAAAGAGGCCAGCUUGGAGAAGGCCCGGAUGCCGGUGCUCUCUUCAAAUGACCCCGAGAUGCAACUAGCCUGGGCUCAGGAUGCUCUGGCUUAUGUCGAGGCCGCCACCCAGAAUGAAGCCCGCCUGUCUUUGAUCCAGCCGCCGCGUCCGCAAACGCCCCAGGUGGAGCGUCAGCUCAAGGUCGAUGCCAUGAAUAUCGUGAACUUUUUGGCCGACCAGUUCCACCCCAAGGCCGAAUUCAUCAAGGGCAUGUGGUUGGAGUUCGGCAAAUUCGGUUUCCGCGUUGACAAGAAAGAGGCAUUCCGCGCCUACUCGAGGGCCGCGGAGAAAGGAUACGCGAGGGCUGAAUACCGCAUUGGAAUGCAGUUUGAAAGCUCCGGGGAGCCGGAGAAGGCCAUUCGUCACUACGAGAAAGGCGUCGCCCUGGCAGACUCUGCCUCCUUCUACCGUCUAGGAAUGAUGAUCCUUCUGGGCCAACAUGGGCAGCGCCAGGACUACCAAACGGGUCUGGAAUAUAUCAACCUUGCCGCGCAAUCUUGCGACGAGAAUGCCCCUCAAGGCGCCUACGUUUACGGCAUGCUUUUGGCGCGAGAGUUGCCCCAGGUGAACGUCCCCGAGAGCUACCUACCCCUCGACCUAAAUGCCGCGCGGGUCAACAUCGAGAAAGCCGCCUAUCACGGGUUCGCCAAAGCACAGGUCAAAAUGGGCGCCGCUUACGAACUAUGCCAACUUGGCUGCGAUUUCAACCCCGCCCUGUCUCUACACUACAACGCGUUGGCCGCCCGCCAGGGGGAACCGGAAGCUGAAAUGGCAAUCAGUAAAUGGUUUCUUUGCGGGCACGAGGGCGUCUUUGACAAGAACGACGAGCUGGCCUUUACGUAUGCCCAGCGCGCCGCUCAGAGUGGCUUUCCCACCGCCGAGUUUGCUCUGGGCUACUUCUACGAAGUCGGCAUCUACGUUCCGUCGGACAUCAAGGAAGCGAGAAGCUGGUAUGCCAAGGCCGCAGCAAACGGCAACAAAGACGCAACGGGCCGGAUCGACAGCAUUUCGCGCUCGAAGACGCUGUCGCGGAAAGAUCAUGAACAAGUUGCGAUCGCCCGGAUCAAAUCCCGCUAUGGCUCCCAUCAGCGAGGUGAUUCCGUGCAAUCCACUCAGGAGAACAUUGAGAUGCCCGAUCCGUCUCGAAUGAGCCUUUCGGACAGUGGCGCGCCGGCGAAUGCUCCCUAUCCGGACAGACCGUCGUCUCGCGCCCGGCCAGUGUACCCGCCCGGUUACGGCAUGCCCGACCCACGACCGAGUUCGGCCUUUGGCAUCAACCCCAACAUUCGCUCCAAUGCAGCAGCGCCCAACUACAACCGUGCCGCGUCGUAUGGACCUGGGCCCAUGGGCUACCGAUCUCCCGCGCCCGGGACUUCGAGCGCGGGGCCAACCAGCCCCGUGUCCGCGGCCCCUAAGCUGGAUAUCGGAUACUCGGCGCCUCUGGAGUCCGCCAAUGCUGAUGCUCGCAGGCGUCCCCAGCGGCUUGAUAAUAUGCCAGACCCCAGGCAGGCGAGAACACCCGUCUCUCCUCCCCAAGGCGGUCCGGUGGGCUCUCCACGGCCCAGCAUGGCCUCGCCCUCGUCAACAAAUUUCCCUCCCCGUACCGAAUCCAUGCAGCCUUCCAGCGCGCCGGCUACCCCCAAGCCUCCUGCAUCUUCUUCAAGCUCGACUAGCCAACAGCCCGCCGCGCCGCCGGCCAAACCGCCGGCUCCCAAAGUGGGCAAAGGACCGAAAACUUUCGAGGAAAUGGGAGUUCCAACCGUUCAGAAAGACAACGAUUGCAUUGUGAUGUGA